AUGGCCAUCUCAACUCCUUUUAGCGAAGAGGAUUCCGUCCACAAGAUCGAGUAUCUAGCCAACGAUAUCAACACUUCAUCGGUGACCCUCUUCCCCUCCAGAGCUCAGGUGCGCCGAGAGAUCAAAGCCGUCCAGCUCAAGCACGGCACAAAUCAGAUCACCAUUGUUGGGCUCAGCCAAACGCUCGACCCCGACUCAAUCAGAGUCGAGAGCAAUGGCACCGCCACCGUCACAAACCUGGAAGUCGAAGAAGUACCCAACCGCCAGCUCUUCGACGAGGUGUAUCCCGAGAUUGAGUCGGAGUCUGAGUCCGAAUCAGAGACCGAAGAAGUGUCCGAUGACGAUGCGAGACCAGAAAGCUCUCAUCUAACAGCCGCCCGGCAUGCGCUCUCCCAACUCAAUGAUAAACUGGACAUAGCCCGCGACGGUGUCUGCAACGCAGAGAGACGACUCGGAAUUUUGGAAGACAUUAGCAAUCUCGGCAACACCAAGGGCGUUGAUUUUAUCCAGAUUACUCUCAAUCACUAUAAAGAGCAGCGUGCAAAGGCCUGCCAAGACAUGGUUGAAAACAGAAAGCUGGUGACUGAAAUCACAAAGGACGUCGAAAAGGCCGAAAAAAAGUUCAAUAAGCUACAGAAAGAAGAAGCCAAGAAGAACGAGAAAAGGAACAAAGCUAAAACCAAAGCUAGGAAGGAGAAGGAAAAGAAAAAGGCUUUCAAAGACAGAAUCAAGGGCGAGGCUAACAGAGAGAGAGCGCGUCUGCGCAGAGAGCAGGAGAGAUUCUGGCCCCUCAAUGUCUACAGCGUGUGCAUCACGUUGGAGGUUGCAGCCUUUACACCUGCGUCUUCACGCCGAGGCUCUAUAGCUAGCGAUGUCGACGUCUCACUAGUUUCAGCUACCGAAGUUCAGGAUGAAGCUGAAAAGCCCGGCUCUGUCGAAAGCGACCUGGUCUUCUCGUACGUCACUUCAUCGGCGUAUUGGAUGCCAAACUACGACCUCCAACUCUCGACGACCAACGCAUCUGGAUCGCUCUUCUUCGAUGCCAUGCUCACCAAUCGAACCAGCGAAACAUGGAAGAACUGCAAGGUUACGCUCUCCACCUCGCAAGCCACUUUUUCCGGCCUUGACGAUAAGAUUCCCAAUCUCGACCCAUGGCGCAUCGGCAUCACUUCCGGAUACGCUGGUCGUCGCGACGAAGACAAAAUUACCUGGAGCAGCCAAGAAAUGGUAGCCAUGAAUCGAGCCAAGCACCAGGCUAUGAUGCAUCAAGCUGAAAAUGCCGCUCAAACCAGCGCACUUAUGGUAAGGAAGAUGACGCCGCGCAAGGUCAAGCUUGUUGGUGAUAUUCCUCCUCCGCCACCACCAGCAGCUUCACGUGGUUCAUCUCUCUUUGGACCUCAGAGCACAGGCUUUAGCAAUACUUCUAAUGCAGCAGCAACGGGCGGAGGCUUGUUCGGCUCUGUCGCAGCUACAACAGCGGCAGCCGGAGGUCUGUUUGGCUCUGCCGCACCUGCCGCACCACUGGCACAACCCUCCUCGUUUGGUAGUCGUGCACCCAUAGGACCACCUGGAGGUUUAUUCCGUUCUUCCGAACCCACAGUGGAAGGAGUGGAAACACAGCCAGAACAGAUCAAUGCCGCCGAAGUUGAGAAGCCUCCUUAUGAUGACGAUGCCACCUACGAUGCCUCUCUCAUGGAAGAGACGGGCCUUACAACCACCUAUGACCUUCCCGGCCUCAAGACUCUCGCUCCCAAGAUCAAUGGCUCCAAGCAGCGCGUGGCCCGCAUUCCCUUCGCCAACGUCGUCUUCAGUCACACCGUUGUUGCUAAAUACAAGGCCGUCGCAUAUCUCAGUGCUAAGCUGAAGAACAACAGCAAGGUCGCUCUCCUCAAGGGCGACGCGAGCCUUACCCUCGACGGCACCUUUAUGGGCAAAACAUCGCUACCUCGCUGCAGCUCCGGAGAGUCUUUUACUCUUGGCCUCGGCAUCGAUCCCGCCAUCAAGGUCACCUACGCCAAACCCGAGGUGCACCGCACAUCGUCCGGCCUGUUCAGCAAGGAAGACAGCGCCGUGUACGUACGCACGGUGACGCUCCACAACACCCGCGCCGUGGGAGGCCGGGCUGUCGAUUUGCUCGUGCAGGAUCAAGUGCCCGUCUCGGAAGAUGAGCGGUUGCGCGUAGAACUCUUGUACCCGCGCGGUUUGGUCGUCGAUAGUAACAAUGGGGUUGCUACUGGCGCGGCCGAGAAGGAGGGCCAGAGCAAGGAUGAUGGUAGUUGGGGCAAGGCUACUGCGAAGCUCAAGAAAGAGGGCCAGCUUAGGUGGGAUGUGAGCUUGAAUGCCGGAAAGGCGGUUAAGCUUACGCUGGAGUAUUCUGUGUCUAUGCCUGGCGGGCAUUCUGCCUAUCAGGUUCAUUAUACGAGGGAUUAG